AUGCCAGAACAAGUUGUAUUAGCUCAAAAGGAUCACAAGAGAGAUGCCGAAUUCACCAAGGCUUUACAUGGUCAAUCUUAUAAGAAGACUGGUUUAUCUGCUUUAAUGGCCAAGUCUAAGGAUGCUUCUGCCGUUGCUUCCAGUGGUUAUUUCAAACAUUGGGAUGGUGGUGUUACUGAAGAUGAUGAAGUUAAAAGAUUAGGUGAUUAUUCUCAAUUAACUCAUCAUUAUUAUAAUUUAGUUACUGAUUUCUAUGAAUAUGGUUGGGGUUCUUCAUUCCAUUUCUCAAGAUAUUAUAAAGGUGAAGCUUUCAGACAAGCUACUGCUAGACAUGAACAUUUCUUAGCUCAUAAAAUGAAUCUUAAUGAAAAUAUGAAAGUUUUAGAUGUUGGUUGUGGUGUUGGUGGUCCAGGUAGAGAAAUAACUAGAUUCACUGAUUGUGAAAUCGUUGGUUUAAAUAACAAUGAUUAUCAAAUCGAAAGAGCUCAACAUUAUGCUCAAAAAUAUCAUUUAGAUCAUAAAUUAUCUUAUGUUAAAGGUGAUUUCAUGCAAAUGGAUUUUGAAAAGGAAACUUUUGAUGCUGUUUAUGCCAUUGAAGCUACAGUUCAUUCUCCAGUUUUAGAAGGUGUUUAUUCUGAAAUCUAUAAAGUUUUAAAACCAGGUGGUGUUUUUGGUGUUUAUGAAUGGGUUAUGACUGAUGCUUAUGAUGAAAAUAAUGCUGAACAUAGAAAAAUUGCUUAUGGUAUUGAAGUUGGGGAUGGUAUUCCAAAAAUGUAUAAGAGAGAAGUUGCUGAACAAGCUCUUAAAAACGUUGGUUUCAAAGUCGAAUAUGAACAAGAUUUAGCUGAUAAAGAAGAUGAAAUCCCAUGGUAUUACCCAUUAAGUGGUGAAUUAAAAUAUUGUCAAACUUUUGGUGAUUAUUUCACUGUGUUUAGAACUUCAAGACUUGGUAGAGCCAUCACUACUGAAGCUGUUGGUUUAAUGGAAAAAUUAGGUUUAGCCCCUCAAGGUUCUAAACAAGUUACCCAUGCUUUAGAAGAUGCUGCUGUUAACUUAGUGGAAGGUGGUAGACAAAAAUUAUUUACUCCAAUGAUGUUAUACAUUGCUAGAAAACCAUUAGAUGCUAAAGAUUAG